AUGACUGACAAUGAGCACAAUUUAUCAACAACUAAAAUCCAUACACGCAUGGGUAAGAUUGGUGAUAUUGAUCAGUCGAUAUCAAAAAGUGACAAUAUAGUGACAACGGAUACUGACGUGGAAGCUGUCAGGAGUUCUGUGAAACGACGCCAUUAUCAACGAAAACGAAAAGAAGGAGCAGUUGAACAAAUUUCAUCAUUUCCUAUCGAGAAAAAUCCAAAAAUACCAACGCCACCAUCAUUGCAUGCAACAGUCAAAUCAGAAUACGACGAAAAAGAA